GACAGCGCUCGCCCGCGAGCGUCGCAUCAGCUCUCUUAGCAGAACAACAGCAGACGGACAGAGAAGGGGACGAUACGCGACGCAUCACAGAUUUUUGCUGCCGGGCUCCAUAUUGUAUGAGACAUGCUUGGUCUGCAGAUCUGCAACCUCAGUUAAUAAGGGAAAUCUAGAGAAAGGCUGCAAUGCAUGUGGGAGUUUAUGUUGCAUACAGCAAAUGCCAUUGCAGAAAUGCGCGGUUAGAACCAGGGAGCAUCUCGCCAAAGUGGGUGUGAAUUUUGCACCUGGGAUUUUUGUUUUGUUUUUCUAAAACACUGGUUUUAUUCCCCAACCCCGAAUAACUAAAGUGCUCGUCGAGGGCGCAUCUCUAGGACCCUCAAGCAGCACUAAGUGGGAACGAAACUGGGGCUCUCCGUGCGCUGUUUUAGCCGUCCACACGAUGCGUCUAUUUCUGUUGGCCGUGUUCUUCUCCUGCUCUUGCGUGCGGGGCGGCUGCGAGCCCAAGAUUGUGAACAUUGGGGCCGUCCUGAGCCAGAAAAGAUACGAGCAGGUGUUCAAAGAUGCGGUCACCCAAGCGAAUCAGGUGUACGGAGGGAAUAAAUUCAAGUUGACCGCCAUCUCUGUCACUCACAAAGCCAAUGCGAUUCAGAUGGCUCUGUCGGUGUGUGAAGAUCUCAUAUCCAGCCAGGUGUAUGCCAUCUUGGUGAGCCAUCCUCCACAGUCUAAUGACCAUCUUACACCCACGCCGGUUUCCUACACUGCAGGAUUCUACCGUAUCCCUGUAGUAGGGCUCACCACCAGGAUGUCCAUUUAUUCAGACAAGAGCAUCCAUCUCUCUUUCCUUCGUACGGUGCCACCCUAUUCCCACCAGGCACAUGUGUGGUUUGAUAUGAUGCGAGAAUUCCGCUGGAAUCACAUCAUUUUAAUUGUCAGUGACGAUCAUGAAGGCAGAGCCGCGCAGAAAAGACUCGAAACUCUGCUGGAGGAGAAAGAGACCAAGAAUAAAAAAAGGAACUAUGAAAACCAAGACCAACUGUCCUAUGACAACAAGAGAGGACCUAAGGCAGAGAAAGUGCUUCAGUUCAACCAAGAGACUAACUUAACUGCCCUGCUCCUGGAGGCCAAAGAGCUGGAAGCACGAGUGAUCAUUCUUUCCGCCAGUGAGGAGGACGCAGCCGCCGUGUACAAAACAGCACGCUUCCUAAACAUGACAGGCUCGGGCUAUGUGUGGCUAGUGGGAGAACGCGAGAUGUCCGGUAAAGCUUUGAGCGAGGCCCCAGACGGGCUGAUUGGCCUCCAGCUCAUCAAUGGCAAGAAUGAGUCAGCGCACAUCAGCGACGCUGUUGCCGUUGUAGCCCAGUCUAUCCAGGAACUCUUUGAGAAAGAGAAUAUCACGGAACCGCCAAGGGGCUGCGUGGGCAAUACCAACAUCUGGAAGACUGGGCCACUCUUCAAAAGAGUAUUGAUGUCAUCGAAGUACCCAGAGGGCCUAACAGGACGCGUAGAGUUCAAUGACGACGGAGAUAGAAAAUAUGCACAUUACAGCAUUCUGAACUACCAAAAAAGCAGACUGAUACAAGUUGGCAUCUACAAUGGAACACAGGUGGUGAUGAAUAAACAGAGGAAGAUAAUUUGGCCCGGAGGAGAAACGGAGAGGCCAAGAGGAUUCCAGAUGUCAACCAGAUUAAAGAUAGUGACCAUUCAUCAGGAACCAUUUGUGUAUGUAAAGCCAACUUCGCUGGAAGGGACCUGCAAUGAGGAGUAUACACCUAAUGGAGUCUUAAUUAAAAAGGUGAUCUGCACUGGACCAAAUGAGACCAUCCCAGGUAACACAUCAGGACGCCCAAUAGUUCCCCAAUGUUGUUAUGGAUUUUGUGUUGACCUUCUGAUCAAGUUGGCAAUGACCAUGAACUUCACCUAUGAAGUGCACCUAGUGGCAGAUGGAAAAUUUGGAACACAGGAAAGAGUGAAUAACAGUAACAAGAAGGAAUGGAAUGGCAUGAUGGGUGAGCUCCUGGGUGGCCUUGCAGAUAUGAUUGUUGCUCCAUUGACAAUUAACAAUGAACGAGCCCAGUACAUCGAAUUUUCCAAGCCUUUUAAAUACCAAGGACUCACUAUCCUCGUGAAAAAGGAAAUUCCUCGUAGUACGCUGGACUCAUUCAUGCAGCCAUUCCAAAGCACACUGUGGCUACUGGUGGGUCUAUCGGUGCAUGUGGUGGCGGUGAUGCUUUACCUACUAGACCGGUUCAGCCCAUUUGGAAGGUUUAAAGUAAACAGUGAAGAAGAAGAAGAGGAUGCCCUCACCUUAUCUUCAGCUAUGUGGUUUUCCUGGGGAGUCUUGUUGAACUCUGGAAUUGGAGAAGGUGCACCACGUAGUUUUUCAGCAAGAAUUCUGGGAAUGGUGUGGGCUGGCUUCGCUAUGAUCAUAGUAGCCUCUUAUACUGCCAAUCUGGCUGCCUUUCUGGUGUUGGACCGGCCUGAGGAGCGCAUCACCGGCAUCAACGACCCAAGGCUGAGGAACCCAUCAGACAAGUUCAUUUAUGCCACAGUAAAGCAAAGUUCGGUGGAUAUUUACUUCCGCCGUCAGGUUGAGCUGAGCACCAUGUACCGCCACAUGGAGAAGCAUAACUACGAGAGCGCCGCUGAAGCCAUCCAGGCUGUUCGGGACAACAAGCUGCAUGCUUUCAUCUGGGACUCUGCGGUGCUGGAGUUUGAAGCUUCGCAGAAGUGCGACCUGGUGACCACGGGAGAGCUGUUUUUCCGUUCGGGCUUUGGCAUAGGCAUGCGUAAGGACAGCCCCUGGAAACAGAAUGUGUCCCUGGCUAUUCUCAGUUCCCAUGAGAAUGGCUUCAUGGAGGACCUAGAUAAAACCUGGGUGAGAUACCAGGAAUGUGACUCAAGAAGCAAUGCCCCAGCCACACUCACUUUUGAGAAUAUGGCAGGGGUCUUUAUGCUAGUUGCUGGAGGCAUUGCUGCAGGGAUCUUUCUCAUCUUCAUUGAGAUUGCAUACAAGCGCCAUAAAGACGCCCGCAGGAAGCAGAUGCAGCUAGCCUUUGCGGCCGUCAAUGUUUGGAGGAAGAACUUACAGGACAAUAAGGAGAGCUCAGGGAUUCAAGCUGUGGGUGCGGCUGGGACGCCGUCUUUACCCUCUUCCUCUGUAGAGACUCAGGAUGAUAGGAAAAGUGGUAGAGCAGACAGCGACGAAAAAAAGAAACCCUCUUUUAGGUCCAUCAGUACAACCCUGGCCUCCAGCAUCAAGAGACGUAGGUCCUCCAAAGACACGCAAUUCCCACCCACAGACAUUACGGGCCAACUCAACUUGUCUGACCCGUCUGUCAGCACAGUGGUGUGAGGCAGAGAGAGGGAGAGAUUAGAAAGCGAUAAAGACAUGUUCAUUCUUUAGAAACAAACAAGAUGGACCUUGAGGGGAAAGAGUUGUAUUCCCACUCCUCUAGAUUUGCACAAUGGAUCCAUCAUGAAUGAGAACAACUGAGCCAAUUCACCUUUGUUGGGAACCAACAGACCUCUUCAUCAAAUGCAGAACCCAUCAGAAUGGCCAUCUGCAGGGGAUGGCAUGCCACUGCAAUGCACUGGAGUGCUGCGAACACACAAACACAUACACCUUCACAGCUUGAUGCUAAACUUCUUAUACAGUUCUAACUAAAUUUGUUCUGUUUAUGUAGAAAUAUUUCUUAAUAGUAUAGUGAUUAUUUUUAUGUUGAUUAAGUGGUUUAAGUAUUGUACAGUAUAAUUUGAUUACAAUUACUUAGAACAAACAGAUUUCUUCAUUUGUAGAGGCCGAUUCUAAGGCCAGAAUUUAACAAACUAACUAGUUGUUGUAGGUAUGUUUAAUUCAUUGUUUACAUAUGACUUUGAAACAUUUAUCUACUUUAAACAUUUUGUUUUACUUGCUUUUUGUUGACUGUUUUCCAUUAUUUGUCUAUCUUUAAAACGAUAUAUCAGCCAAUGAAGCGAAUUCAAAUAUAAUUUUCUUUGCCCGUGAGAGGAACUUUUUUAGACAGCAUGUAAUAUGCAUGCAGAUUUAUUCUUCAAGGCUUAUGGUAAACAAAUAUAUAUACACAUCUAUAAAUCAUUCACCCUCUUCUCAACACAGAGAACAGAUACAGCAUUAUUAAUGUAAUAUAAUAUUUUAGGUCUAAUAAGUGGAUUAUUGUACUUUGCACACCACUUUAUUACAAACUCUCCUUCCAACUACCCUAAAUGUGACAUCUUAGAAGAGUUCUUCCUCUUUUAAAGUCUUUUUGCAGUUUUUCUCAGCUUCAGUCUAAAGGGUGCAUCAAGGGGCCCGUUUUUUUCAUCUAACUAGCAUUUGGCCUCUCAUGCAAACCAUCUCUAUAUCAUCCUCGAAGAUGACUUUAAAGACCUUUUACAUGAGAAAGCCCCAAGUGCUGUCCUACUUUUGAUUCUGGUGCUACAGUUUUUGUAUACACCUAUUGGUUAGAUGUAAAAACUGGCCGUUUCCCAAGAUCUGGGGUUGAGAAACAUCUACAAAGCUGCACUAAUAAAGACUGCUCAUUGUAAAUGUUCACUCACUGCUAUUUAUAUAAACUGUUGAAACUACCCCCUGUAAGAGAUAUCACUUAUCUAGCACUUUAAUGUGAAUUUUGUCAGAAGCUAUAUGCAUAUAGAAAUUAUGCAAUUUGCCAAAUGUUGAUUGUAAUAUUCAUACUUGAUAUGAAAAUGCACAUUUGAGAAUGCGAAAUAUGUAAAAAUGUCAGCUGUUUGUUUUUAAUGAAACAAUCCUUUUUUUAAGUUGUCAUAUGGAUAUCAAAACUGAGAUUUAGAAAGAUUUAUUUCAGAAAUAUAAGCUCAACCCUGUCAAACUUCUCCAGUACAUACAUUCUCUGUUGACUACUAUAAUUUCAAAUGGGCUUUUACUGUUUUUAAACUGGCAGGUGUAUAACGGCAUGUUUUUCUCAAUGCUUGGGUUUAUGAAUGUGGUUUGUUGAAGGCCUAAUCAGUGUAAACUACUUGGACUACUAGAUUGUCAUAUGAUUUUGAGAAAAUGGUGAUAAAAAGGAGUGUUUUAAUGAGAAACUGUCACAUUGUAAAUGACACACACAUGCACACACAUACAGUCAUUCAAAUUAUGUCACAUAUCUACAUGCAGAAACACACAUAUACUGAGAGUUAGUCUUAUUUUGUGUGCUACAUCUAUGUUCAAGUUAAUUUGAGAUAUUUCCUUAAAUGAAAACAUGUUUGCAUUUUGAAAACAAUAUAUGUAUCUUUACCUAGCAUAUCUGUCUGUGCCAAUAAAAUUGUGCCAUGUCAGAUGCAGA